AUGGCAGGCGACGAUCACUACCUCACGCUCUCAUGCCCGGAUAAGGCAGGCAUUGUGUACGCCGUCACGGGCCUACUGGCAAAGGAAAACCUAACGAUUCUCGAUCUCCAGCAAUUCUCCGACCCGGACUCCAAGACUUUCUUCAUGCGUGUGCAUUUCGGCCAUGCAGCAGAUGUGUCCGCGCUGCAAGAAAGCAUGAAGAAGCUCGCUUCAGAAAUGAGCAUGACAUACCAGAUCCAACGGGUAGACUCGAAGCCCAAAGUCCUCAUCAUGGUAUCCAAAAUCGGGCACUGCCUCAACGACCUCUUGUUCCGCGUCAAGUCUGGCCAACUCAAAGUCGAAGUCCCGAUUAUUGUGUCCAACCACCCCGAGUUCGCGGAGCUGGCAAAGAACAACGGCAUUGAGUUCCACCACCUUCCUGUAACCAAGGACACCAAGGAGAAGCAGGAGACGCAGAUUCUAGAUCUCAUCAAGCAACAUAACAUCGACCUUGUUGUUCUGGCGCGCUACAUGCAAGUCCUCUCACCGCGCCUGUGCACGGAGAUGUCGGGCAAGAUUAUCAACAUUCAUCACUCUUUCUUGCCUUCGUUCAAGGGCGCGAAACCUUACCAUCAGGCCUACGAGCGUGGUGUCAAGAUCAUCGGUGCGACGGCACAUUUCGUCACAGCGGAUCUGGACGAAGGACCGAUCAUUGAACAGCGCGUUGCGAGGGUCGACCAUGCGUUGAGUCCCAAGGAGUUGGUCGAGGAGGGUAGCAAUGUUGAGAGCCAGGUUUUGGCUGCGGCAGUCAAGUGGUGGAGCGAGAAGAGGGUGUUUUUGAACGGUCAAAAGACUGUUGUGUUCAACUAA